GGAGAGACAGGAGGAGGACCAGAGCACCUCGUCGUUUCCAGCAGAGGGGUCCAUGGUAUCCACAAAGCUCUCCUCCAACACCACAUUUAUCUUGCUGUAGAUAGCCAGGACGAGGUCCAGAACAUCCAAGAAGCACGCACAGCAGGAUCUUGGUAAUGAAUGGGGCCCAUACUUCAUAUUGAGUGGCUACCACUUGGACUGAUUGCUCAUCUAAUAUGGCCUGUAGAAAGGGAGGAAAUCACAGGCAGUUUUUCUCCUCCACUGCUUCUUCCACUGUGAACUGUCAUAACUCUCCAUCAUGUGCAAGUCAAAUUCAUAGUAUUUGCAUGGUGUCUGACUUCUUUUAUCCAAACAUGGGAGGAGUAGAAAGCCACAUCUACCAAUUGUCACAGUGCCUCAUUGAAAGAGGGCAUAAAGUUAUCGUUGUCACCCAUGCUUAUGAAGACCGCAAAGGCAUUCGUUACCUCACCAAUGGACUGAAAGUCUAUUAUUUACCAUUAAGAGUCAUGUACAACCAGUCUACAGCAACAACUCUGUUCCACAGUCUGCCUCUGCUCAGGUAUAUAUUUGUACGAGAAAGAGUCACCAUUGUCCAUGCACAUAGUUCAUUUUCUGCUAUGGCUCAUGAUGCACUGUUCCAUGCCAAGACAAUGCACCUACGGACAGUUUUUACAGACCAUUCCCUUUUUGGAUUUGCUGAUGUUAGCUCAGUGCUUACCAAUAAACUCUUGACUGUAUCACUAUGUGAUACAAACCACAUCAUAUGUGUUUCUUACACAAGCAAGGAAAACACUGUGUUGAGAGCAGCACUGAAUCCUGAAAUAGUUUCUGUCAUUCCCAAUGCUGUUGAUCCUACUGACUUCACUCCAGAUGCAUCUAGAAGGGAUAAAAGUGCAGUAACUGUUGUCGUUGUCAGCAGGCUUGUAUAUAGAAAAGGUAUAGAUUUACUUAGUGGUAUUAUUCCUGAACUUUGUCAGAAGUAUCCGGACUUACAUUUUUUAGUUGGAGGAGAAGGACCAAAACGAAUCAUAUUGGAAGAGGUACGGGAAAGAUACCAACUGCAUGACAGAGUCCGUCUCCUGGGAGCUUUAGAACAUCAGGAUGUUAGAAAUGUCUUGGUCCAGGGACACAUUUUCCUCAACACGUCUCUCACAGAAGCAUUUUGCAUGGCAAUUGUGGAAGCUGCCAGUUGUGGAUUACAGGUGGUGAGUACAAAAGUUGGUGGGAUUCCUGAGGUGUUACCAAAUAAUCUUAUAAUCUUGUGUGAACCUUCAGUGAAAUCUCUGUGUAGUGGAUUGGAAAAAGCAAUUAGUCAGCUGAAGUCAGGAUCACUUCUAUCUCCAGAAGUCAUGCACAGCAAAGUUAAAACUUUCUAUACUUGGAGGAAUGUUGCAACGAGAACUGAAAAAGUGUAUGACAGAGUGGCAGGUGAAACUGUGUUGCCAAUGGGCAAACGACUUGACAGACUCAUCUCUCACUGUGGCCCAAUGACUGGCUGCAUUUUUGCUCUUUUUGCUGUGCUCAGCUUUCUUUUCCUGAUAUUCUUGAGGUGGUUGACACCAGAUUACCUUAUUGAUGCUGCAAUAAAUGCUACAGGUCAAAAUGGAGCAUGGACACGGCGGCAUUUCCCUGAUAAAAGCAAAAAAGGAAAAACUUAAAACUGUUAAAGGUGCUUAUAACUGGAAGUCCAGACUUCAUUCUCCUACACUUUAGUAUUGGCUGUUAGAUUUAUAUUCAUCAAGUGACAAUGUUUUUAUAAAUUAUUGGACAGCUUUCUUUGAUAGCUGGAAAGAAACUCGGUAAGAUGUUCUACCUCAAAUAAGGAUAGUCUAAAGCGCCUUAGGAUAGACAUGCUUGCCAAGAUAUGCAGCAAUAGCUAAUCAAUUUCUUUCAACCUGAAUGAUUUUGUUUAAAUAUGGCGAAUAUCAUUGUGACCAUUAAAGAAAAAAAAAGGCAUGGGAGAAGUAAGGGAAAUAGAUGGCUUUUUAUUGCUUUCCUUAUUUUUAAUAUAUUUACAUUUCCCAAACUCCAAAGAUGAAUCUUCUGUUCCGGCAUUAUAUAAGAGGAGAUAAAAAUGGUAAGUCCGGAUGUCAGGUCUGUUUACUGAGUACAAGAUCCUGGAAGAAUCAGACACCAGUAUGAGACAUGUCCCAUAGGGUUGAUAGGACCUUUUCUGUAUUUAGAUAUCUUGUCUUCUAGAAUGGUAUGAAACUAUGCAUAUUUGGCACUUUUGGAGCGCGUUUCCUGAAUAUAAAUUUUGAAAUGCAUCCUUUGGAAGAAACUCCUUGUUGCUGGUUUUACAAUUUACCUUUUAUGGGUUGGUUUGGACAUAAUGGGAAACCAUUAUGCCACAUAAACAAGCGGAAGAGAUUCUUGGGUUCACAUGUCCCCACUUGUUUGCAAGGAAGAGGAGGAAAAGGAGGAGACUGGGGAACUGGGUUAUAAUUAGUUGAAAUAAACUAGAUCAAACCAUGAUUUCAGUUCUUGGUUUGAUAACAGUACAAAGCUAUACAAGUCUUCUGAGAAGGAAAUUCAGUUGGGCUUCCUCCCAGGUAAUUUACACGGAAUUACAAUCAAAAUUCAUGAAUUACAGGGAAUGGUGUUUUGUUUAAAAGUAGAAUUGGAUGCUUCCAAUCUCUUCCUCAUGCACAUGGCUUCCCAUUAUAUGUGACCUGAUGCUACAUUUUGGCUACUUUGUUGUUUUUAACAUCCCAAGUUACCAGAUAGAUAUGAUUGUGUGUUCUGACAUGUGGAGUCAUAGUGCCUAAUUCAUCUCACUGUGGCUUUUAGCUGCCUCCUACUUCAGACUUGCAGGCAAAUACCAUUGGAACAAGGCAAGCAUACUUCCUUAUUCCCAGGGACUGAGUGUGUUUCUUUCUUGGCUAAGGUUGGAGGAAUGCAGAUCAGGUUUACUACAUGGGAUUAGAACUGAGUUGCUGCUGCUUAUUUUGAAGGGUGGCUCUUCUUAUCGACUCUGAUAAUCUGAAUGCAAAAUGAAGUGAUCAUGUAAAAAUGAUUACUGCAUGUGCUGUAUAGGUGCUGCUGGAGAAAAAUCUCUGUAUGGACGUUCUAAGCUAUAAGAGUUCAGGGUUUGUUUGUUUUUAAAAAAAUCCUAUUCUCCAUGCAACACUUUUCCUGCCAUCUUCAGCUUAAAGCUACAUUCCUAUGCAUCCUUACUUUGGAGUAAGUUCAGUGGAAUUUGUUGGCUAUGUUUGCAUGUAAUGCUAAGCCAGAAAAUAGGAUCAUUAAACCAUAAUGUGCACAAGUGUGCAGUGCUCAAGUACUCCUUCUUUGCUUCUCCAUUCUGUGAACAGGGAAACCAAUCUGCAAAGUGGCUGGCUUACUAUGCCAUCCAAACCUGGGAUCAUGGCUUGUUUCUUCCAAACAAACCACAGCUGAUAUGCCAGCAACAAACUAGAGCUUUAAGUUGGUUAGCGAUCAUGAUUUGUUUGGAUUCAGAUGUCACACUAAACCAGACUCUUCAUGGCCUAUUUCCCAGUACGCGGAAGCAGGAGUGCAUAGGCUGCCUACACCAGCACGUAGCUUGAGCACAGUAUGGUUUAAUAAACUAUACUUCCUGGCUUAGCAUUGCAUGCAAACAUAGCCAGUGGAACUUGCUUCCAAGUUAACAUACCGAGGAUUGAGCAGCAAGUUGGUAAAUACCAUUGGAAAUCAGUUAGUUCAUUGAAGUCCAGUCAUGAAAUACAGUGACCUAACUUCCUCUACCCUUUUUAAAGAAAUCUUCAGUUCACCCAAGUAACCAAAUAUUUUAGAUGAAAUAUUUUCCUUUAUUUUCAAAGUAUUUGAACAAUGUUUUUGUGGCCCUCAGGUGCGUGCAUUUACUUCUUUUAUGGGUUGGGGUAUGGGUAUUGCUGCCACAGGCUACAGUUCAUUUUCUCUAGGUGACCUUUGUUUGCUGGCUUACGAAAAGAAUCUGUACAAGUUAGAUCAACUAAUGGAAAGCUGAAAAUGAGCAUCUUUUAUACAUUGGUGAAAGCGGCUAUGUUAUAUAUGACAGAAAAAAAUGGAUUUUACUGAAAUUGAUGAUGAAUUAGUGUAUAAUGUACACGAAUUUUCAUAGUACAUGAUUUAAAGCAUUUAAUAUUUGAUAGCGUGUUUUAAUUACACAUGUACCAGCAGCGCAAUCCUUUGCAAGUUCAUUCAGAAGUAUGUCCCUCUGAGUUUAGUGGCGCUUGUUACAAAAUAAAUGUACAGCCUAGGAUUAAUAUGCAUUUGCAUAAUCUAGCAUUAUCAUAAUGCUUGCAUGAAGUUCCUCUGCAUCACAAUGGUUUCCCAUUCAUUCAGUGUUUGGAUAUCAUCUCUCUGUGCAAAGGAAUGGAGGAAAAUUGGAACCCUCCAGUUAAAUGAAUAUAGGCACUGACAUGCACAUGGCUCUCUGAAAUCUCAGAUUUGUGGCCCUUUGCUGUAAUCCAUUGAAAAAUGCAGGCACUUGGACCCUAUUGACUGUGGGAGACAUAUUAUGUCCACAGGUUAUUAUGUAAUAGAAAAUACACUUGUAAUCAAUCAGUGGAUCAGGGCUAGUUCUUGAAAGUAAAUCCCAAUGAAACAACUGGAAUUCUUUCCAAAUUGUUUCCUCAGAAUUUUUGUGUUUUGAGGUACAUCAAUAGGCAAUAUUUUUUAAUCUCUGCAUGAUAAAACUUCAGAUCCAUGAGAAUAGUAUUCAUUAAUGGUUGUAGCAUGCAAAGAAUAUUUUUUCCUGUUUACAGAGCUAAACAUGACAACCAUGGGACUGUCCCAAUAUGCCAUUGGCCCAACACAUGUAGCAGGGCAUACUCUAGAUUUGGUUUUUGCAUCUGGACAUGGAGUUGGUGAUCUGAAUAUGGGGAGCCUUACAUCAGUCCCUCUGUCAUGGACAGAUCACUGCUUGCUGAAGUUUAGACUUACAGUGGCUUUUCCCCUCUACAAGGGUGGGGCACCCUCUGCAAGGGUAAUGGAUCCGGAUGGUUUCCAAAGGGCUCUGGGGAGUUUUCCGGCUGAUAAGGCUGGCACUCCUGUCGAAACCCUGGUCGAGCUGUGGAAUACAGAAAUGACCUGGGUGGUUGACAUGAUUGCUCCUGAGCGCCCUCUCCUGUGUAGAGCUCAUAUGGCUCCAUGGCAUACCCCAGAGUUUUGAGUGAUGAAAUAAUAUUGGAGAUGGCUCGAGUGCAGAUGGAGACAAACUCCUAGUGGAUGCGAUUAUACACUGGUAAGUGCCUAUGGUAAGCUGUAUUUAAACAAUAUUUGCUGCCACUAUCAAAUCAUCAACCUGCCGCCCAGCGGAGCUCUUCAGAAUUGUCCGGGGGCUAUUACACUCUGGCUCAAGGGACAUGGUAGAACCAUCUGAGACCUGCUGUAAUGAAUUUGCUAGGCACUUCCAGGAUAAAAUCUUUAGCAUCUGCCAGGACUUAGACUCCAGUGUUAUAGCAGGUGAAUCAAACGAGGUAUCCAGAGCACAGCCUUGUCCCAAUUUCUUGAAUGAGUUUCAGUUGGUGCACCUUGAGGAUGUUGACAAGGUGCUUGGACAGGUUCGUGCAACCACUUCUGUGCUGGAUCCUUGCCCUUCUUGGCUAAUAAAAGCUAGCAGGGAUGGAACGGCCAGCUGGGCCAGGGAGGUGAUUAAUGCUUCUCUGCGAGAGGGGGUGGUCCCUGGUGGCCUGAAAGAGGCGGUAGUGAGACCACUCCUGAAGAAACCCUCCCUGGACCCAGAAAAUCUUAAUAACUAUAGACCGGUAGCAAAUGUUCCAUUCCUGGGCAAGGUCCUUGAACGAGUGGUUGCGGGCCAGGGCCAGACACUCUUGGAUGAGACCGAUUAUCUGGAUCCAUUUCAGUCAAGUUUCAGGCCUGGUUUUGGCACAGAAGGUAUGAUUACCUUUGUCGGGAGUGAGACGGGGAGUGUGACUUUUGAUUCUCCUUGAUCUCUCAGCGGCUUUCGAUACCAUGGACCAUGGUAUCCUUCUGGGGAGACUGGCUGAGUUGCGAGUGGGAGGUACUGCAUUGCAGUGGUUCCGCUCCUACUUGGCAGGUCGCCUCCAGAAAGUGGUGCUUGGGGAACAUUGCUCGGCACCCUGGACUCUCCAGUAUGGGGUUCCACAGGGGUCAGUUCUGUCCCCCAUGCUGUUCAGCAUCUACAUGAAACCGUUGGGUGCAGUCAUCCGGAGCUUUGGAGUGCGUUGCCAUCAGUAUGCUGAUGACACGCAGCUCUAUUUCUCCUUUUCAUCUUCUUCAGGUGAGGCUGUCAAUGUGCUGAGCCAGUGCCUGGCUGCCACAAUGGACUGGAUGAGGGCUAAUAAACUGAGGCUCAAUCCAGACAAGACUGAGAUGCUGCUAGUGGGUGGUUCUUCUGACCGGAUGGUGCAUGUUCAACCUGUACUGGAUGGGGUUGCACUCCCUCUGAAGGAGCUGCCUUUGAAGAUGGUUCGGAAAGUGCAGCUUGUGCAAAAUGCAGCGGCCAGAUUGGUAACAGGGACCAGAUGGUCCUAACAUAUAAAACCGAUUCUGGCCCGCUUGCACUGGCUGCCUUUAUGUUUCCGAGCUUGAUUCAAGGUGCUGGUAUUAACCUAUAAAGCCUUACACAGCUUGGGACCACAAUACCUGAUGGAACGCCUCUCCCGAUACGAACCUACCCGUACACUACAUUCAAGAUAAAAGGCCUUCCGGGUGCCUACUCCGAAGGAAGCUUGGAGAAUGGCAACAAGGGAGAGAGCCUUCUCAGUGGUGGCCCCCAAACUAUGGAAUGAUUCUUUUGACGAGGUGCACCUGGCGCCAUCACUGUUACCUUUUCGGCGCCAGGUCAAGACUUUCCUCUUCUCCCAGGCAUUUUAGCAUGUGUUCUAUAUUGUUUUAAAUUUUUAAAUUGUGUUUUAAAUUGUUUUUAAAAGAUGUAUUUUAAAUUGUAUUUGUUUUUAGUUAUUGUAAACCACCCCGAGAUCUUCGGCUAUGGGGCGGUAUACAAGUUUAAUAAAUAAAUAAUAAAAUAAAUAAUUAGAUA